AUGCCAGCCCCUACCAAUCACGCUCUCGUCUUCGGUGCCUCGGGCAUCUCCGGCUGGGCCGUGGUGAAUGCCCUGCUGAGCGACUACCCGGCCGCUGACAGCUUCGCACGAGUGACGGCCCUGACCAACCGUCCACUGUCCCAGGAAUCGUCGCAGUGGCCGCCUUCGGAGAAAUUCCAGGCCAUUGACGGCAUCGAUCUGCUGAAGGGCGAGCAGGCCGAUCUCGACCAUGCGCUGAAGCAGCGGGUGCCGGACAUCGACACCGUCACGCACGUCUACUUCUUCGCGUAUAUUCUGAACAUGGAACCCCAACAGGAAAUCCAGGUGAAUGUGGAGAUCCUCCGGCGCGCCAUGGCGGCAAUCCAAACUCUCAGUCCGAAGCUUAAAUUUGUCGUGCUGCCCACGGGUGCCAAGGCAUACGGGAUCCAUCUCCUCGAUUACUUCCCCUUCAAAGACCAGGUCCCCCUGCGCGAGUCACUCCCACGUAUUCCCGAACCCUUUGCCUCGCAACUUUUCUACUACCCGCAGAUCGAUCUGCUGCAGUCGCUGUCCGAAGGAAAGAGCUGGUCCUACUGCACCGUGAUGCCCGAUGUGGUCGUCGGCUUUGUCCCCAACAACAAUUUCUGCUGCCUGGCACAGUGGCUAGCUCUCUACCUGAGUCUGCAUCGUGAGAUUUCUGGAGAAGGGGCCGAGGUCGCCUUCCCGGGGAACAUGGAGACCUGGACAGUGAAGAGCAACGACAGCAACCAGGACGUGAUUGCGCGAUUUUCAAUCCAUGCCAGUCUGCAUCUGGAAGUCAGCGCCGGCGAGCGGUUCAACGUCGCCGAUAGUGCGGAGCCAACGACGUGGAAAACCAAGUGGCCGAUCCUCUGCGAGUAUUUCGGGCUGAAGGGCGUUGCUCCAGACGGAACGGGCGUGGACCCGGUCCAGUUUCUAGCCGAGAACAAGGACAAGUGGUUUGUGAUGGAGGCCAAGUACGGACUGGAGACGGGAAGGGUGGCCAACGACCGGAGCUUCCCUUAUCUGCCGAUCGGGAUUCUCUCCAUGAUGAAGUGUGACCGUCAGCUGGACUUGACCAAGACGCACACAGCGUGGGGAAAGGCGACCGAAGAGCUGGACGUGAAGCAGAGCUGGUACACGGCGUUUGAUCGGUUUCGGAAAGCCAAGAUUAUUCCCUAG